AUGGACUGUCUUAAUUCUAGAGUUGAUAGACGUCUAAGUCAAUUAUUUGAAGUGGUUAAUAAGAACAAAAGUGAUUUUGAUGAGUUUAGAAGAUUUUUAACCACACCAAUAAUCCAAUCUAGAGCUCUGCCAUUAGAUGGUGGGAAUUCAAACCCCAAUAGCAAUUCCAGAAAUUUAAGUUCAUCUCCCGCCGACGGCGGAAAUGGUCAGCCACGACAAGAUAACCUCUUUCCGCCGAUGACAAACCAACCAACUCCUCACCGCAUGAAUCGCGACGAGAUUCCUGCCACUACUCAAGUGGAAGGGAUACCCAAUGUGGGAGUUGGAGAAAUUCCCCCACGUGGUGAGAAUUUGGGAGUUACACAUUCUGCUCCAGUGGAACCGCCACCCAUACCCAUACCAAUGGCAAGGCCCUAUACGGUGCCUGCUCACAUGGGAGGGGGAGUAGGCUUAGGUGGGGGGGAUCAAGUUCCUCCGAGGGCAUACCCAACACCCAUGCCACCCCAUUUCAAUGGGCAUGGCAUGGACCCCAUGGGUUUCGUACCCCAAGGGGGGCAACCAGGGGGGCGUGAUCCCAACACUCUAAGGGAUCAGGUGGCUCAACUUCUUGCCGAGCAAUUUGGCAUGGGAGUGAGACCCACCAUGCCACCUGUUUAUCGAAAACCAUACCCUGAGUGGGUGGAUAGACUCUACCCAUUCCCAAGGGGGUUUAGGGUGCCCGAGUUUGCCACAUUCACUGGGACAGGGGACCAGUCUACUGUGGAGCACAUUGGACGUUUUACUGUCCAGUGUGGGGAUGUGGGAGAUUUUAUUAAGUUAAGAGUAUUUGGAAACUCAUUGACAGGACCUGCUUUUGCCUGGUAUGUCAAUUUGCCAUCCAACUCCAUCCAAACAUGGCAGCAGAUGGAGCAAAUCUUCCAUGCUCAGUUCUAUAGGUCUGAGCGUGAGGUUUCCAUGGCUGAUUUGGCACGAAUGCGCCAAGAGCCAGGGGAGUCAGUAGAGCACUUCUUGACAAACUUCAAGAAUGCUCGUAACCGUUGUUUUGUCAACUUGACAGAGAGAGAGUUUGUCAAGUUAGCACAAGGGGGGUUGAGUUUUGAGUUAAGGAAGAAAUUCCAAGAUAGAGAAUUCUCUGACUUGUUCCAACUCAUGUCUUGUGCGGUGAGAUAUGAAUCUCUUCUUCAAGAAGAGGAGAAUAGGAGGAGUGCCUCAAGGGGGCAAUACUUCCCCAACAUUGGCUACCCUCUUAACCAUAUUGGCCAAGAGGCCAAUGAGGUGGAGGUGGACCUGGCUGAAUUAACUCCAGGGAAGUCAUAUGUAUGUGCUCCUUUGGCUAAGAUGGACAAUGAACCACAAGGGGGUAGACCUAAUCGUGCCCCUAUCCAGCCACGGAGGUAUUCCUUCGAUAUCUCCAAAGCUGACUUGAUUUUUGACCAACUCUACAAGGAUGGUCAAAUCAAGUUGACAAGGGGGCAUAACAUCCCACCACCCGAGAAAUUAAAAGGAAAGAAGUAUUGUAAGUGGCAUAACAGCAUGUCACAUGCCACUGACUCAUGUGUGGUUUUCCGUAAUAUCUUGCAGGAUGCUAUUGAGAAGGGGCGUAUCAAGUUUCCGGAACCAAAGAAGGAUGCCAUGUUGGUGGAUACUGACCCAUUUCCCAACGUGGUAGGCAUCAACAUGGUUAAUCCAGACCUCUCCAAAAUUGAGUUGCCCCAUUUCAAGUUGGUGCUGGAUACAACGCCGCCUCAACAUGGGAGCUCAAAUGCAACUCAGGAACAAGGGAGCUCGUCAGGUACAAAGCAGGCUAGCCCGGCCGCAAUAAUGACGGAUGAAAUUGAGAAGUUGUGUGCUCAGUGCAAGAAGAGCCUCAAACUUGAUGAGGCGAGGCCUUCCGCCCACCAAAGACUUGGCCCACCCAACAGGCCGAGAUACCCUUCUUAUCAAAGACAAGUGGAGGGGGUCAUCCAGCCGGCUUGGGGGCAACGAAGGCAGUGGAUAGCACAUGGCAUUCCUUCCAUGCGAAGUCCUCCUGUUAGGGGUCCUCCCGUGAUGAGAACUUUUAAGAUUCCCAAUGUGCCACAAGGAGGGUGGCAUACUUAUGACAUGCGUCGUCAACAACCAGUAGCCAUUGGGGGGAUGACAAGGACUCAAAGGAGGAUAUUCCUACGUAAGAAUGCUGCAGCACGGCAGGGAAGGUAUCCAAUAAUACUUGGUGCGAGGAUCAGACCAUCACAACCCAAUAAUGUUGUUCCACCAAAUAUCGAGGUGGACAGCUCAGUGACUACCGGGCUCAAGGUGACAAUGACUGACAAAGGGAAGCAGGUCCAAGUACAGGGUGAUGUCAAAGUUCGUGAAGGGGUCGAGGAUGACUUCCAAGAAGGAGGAGGUGAAUAUGAAGAUGAGUAUGCUGACGAUGACAUGCUAGAAGAUGAGCAUCCCAAUCCCAAAUUCGAUAGAGGCAACAAGGAUGAUGAAGGGGAUGACCAAGGACCUCCUCUGACAAUCCAGUUUGGAAGUUUGCCGCCAGUGGUGGUCACGAACUACAUACUACCUAUGGUCUUCCAAUUCAAUGAGGAAGACCGAGAUAGGUAUGUGGAGGAAGAAGAGGUAGUAGAAGAGGCUGAAGAUACAAAUGGGUCUGUUGCUGAGUUAACCAAGGCAUUUGCUCGUUUGGAAGCAAGUGAUGAGCCAUGGGGUGUUAGGAUGGCUCGAUUGGGGAGUAGGAUUGAUCUAGCUGCUGAGGUGGCAAGACAAGGCAAGAGUUCCCAGCAACUCUUGAAGGAACUUCAUGAGGCAGGCCAUAAGAGUGUUGGUUUGCUUGGUGAAGAUGAUGGAAGAUACCCGUUUUAUGUGUUAUACCAGGGUCCUGAAGCUUCAUCGUCCUCACCCAUCCAGAACCCUUCUUGGGGUUGGGAGUUUGAUGGUGAGGUCGAGGGUUCGGCAGCAAAGGAAGAAAGUUCGACCAGAGAAGAGGAAGUCUUGCAAUUAGCCACCUUGAAAGGGAAAGAGGUCAUGAAGGAGGAAAACACAAGUGAUGAGUUAAGUCACUUAGUGGUUUUCAAGGAACCAGAGCCAAGUAUGCUAAGGCAUUUGAGGCCCCUCUAUAUCAAGGCUAGGUUGGAUGGUAUGCCGAUGUCAAGAAUCCUUGUUGACAAUGGAGCUGCUGUCAAUGUGAUUCCCACUAGGCUGUUAAGAAAAUUGGGAAAGACUACAAGCGAUUUGAUUCCCACGGAUAUCUUCGUUACUAGCUUCAAUGGGGGAUCAACAUCAGCAAGAGGGAUACUACCGGUCUUAAUUGGAGUUGGUAGUCAAGAGAAAAUGUCUGCUUUCUUUGUGGUGGAUGGAGCGAUAAGCUACAAUGCCUUGUUGGGAAGGGAUUGGAUCCAUGCCAACAAGUGUGUCCCAUCCUCACUUCAUCAGUGUUUGAUGUUUUGGAAUAAAGAAGGAAUGGUGGAGGUAGUACAAGCAGACACCAACCCCUUUGCAGUUGGUGCUAACGUGGCCGAGGCUCCACUCUAUCAUGGAGACUUCGGGCCUCUACAAGUGAGGAGUAUGGAUGGAGGUUCGUGCAUAGUGGUGAUGUCAAGUGCUAAGAUAUUGAGCAUGGCAUGCCUCGACCCCCUUGCCGACAUUGUGAGACCAUCUAUGAUUGCUUUGGAUGGUCCACCUAAAGCUGAAACGAGCAUCAAUGAUGAGUAG